AUGAACACUGAUGUAGCUCAGGAAGUCUUUUUCCUCUCCCAGACUGGAGUAGGUAUCAUGGGAAACUCCCGUCUCAACAUGCUUUACCUCUCCUCGUUGCUCCUGGGUUCCAAACCAAAGCCCACAGACCUGGUCAUCAUUCACUUAGCUCUAGUCCACACCACGAUGCUCCUUGCAAGGUGGAUAACCAGAACUGCAGGAAUCCUGGGGCUGCGGCUUUUACAGACCAGUGCUGAAUGUAAGUCAUUUGCCUAUGUCUACCGCAUCACCCGGGGUCUCUCCUUCUGCACAACCUCCUUCCUGAGCAUGCUCCAGGCCAUCACCAUCAGUCCUAUUACCUCCUAUCUGUUCCAGCUCAAGGCUCAGAUAAAAAACUUCAUCCUCUCGGUCUUAGCCAUCUUGUGGAUUCCCAACCUGCUGAUAAGCACCAACCUUUUGUACCAAGUGGUUGCUUCACAUAAUGCAACCUCCACUGAGAGCAAUUGUUACGCCGUGCCCAUAAGGACUCUCCUCCAGGGGCUGAUUCUCAUCCCGAUGGCUCUCUGUGGCAUCCUCUCCCAGGGGCUAAUGAGCUGCUCCAGUGGCUACGUGGUCGUGCUCCUGCAUCGACACAAGCAUCAGGUCCAGUAUUUCCACAGUAUCAGCCAAGCCCCUAAAACAUCACCAGAGAGACGAGCCACUGAGAUCAUUCUGUUGCUUGUGAGGUGCUUUGUAGUCUUUUACUGUGGAGACUUUUUCCUUUCCCUGUUUCUAGAGAUAUCCAUGAAGAAUAAUGCCACCCUCUUGAAUAUUAGCAUGUUUGUGGUCAGUGGGUAUGCCACUGUCAGCUCUUUUGCUCACUUGUGA